AUGUCGAAAAAACUGGAGGAAAUCAAGCAAGUCUCGCUCGACAACGAGUCGCAGUCUGCCGGCUCGAUCGAGGACAGAACAGGGUUUUUUGGCAAGGUCAGGAAACUGGUCAAAUGGCUCGAACUCGACGGCACACAGAAUUUCACGCUGUCCCAGCUGUUUCUGUACAAUUACGACCUCAAACCCCUCGAGGAAAAAAGACGUACUUGGAGAUGGUGGAAUUUUGUCACCUUCUGGAUAGCAGACUCGUUCAACAUCAAUACCUGGCAGAUUGCCGCCACAGGAGUGCAGGCAGGACUCAGCUGGUGGGCCACGUGGAUCACCAUCUGGCUCGGGUACUCGUUCUGCGGCUGUUUUGUUGUUCUGGCUGCACGGUACGGUGCGUACAACCAUAUCUCGUUCCCCGUGGCUACCAGGUCGUCCUGGGGAAUCUGGGGAUCUCUGUGGCCGGUCAUCAACAGAGUCGUGAUGGCGUGUAUCUGGUUUGGCGUUCAGUCCGUGCUGGGAGGCCAGUGUGUUGCUCUGAUGCUGAGGUCGAUUUUCGGCAAUGAUCUCGAGACCAGGAUACCAAACAAGCUCAAGGGAGAAAUCUCGUCGUUCCAGAUGCUGGCGUUCUUCCUGUUCUGGCUGUUCCAGCUGCCGGCGAUCUACAUGAAACCACAUACCGUCCGCCAUCUGUUCACUAUGAAAGCCAUUGCGUGCCCAAUAGCUGGAAUAGCGUUUCUGGCCUGGACCCUGGUCAAGGCGGACGGAGGCGGCCCGGUGAUCCACCAGAGCGGCACGCUCAGCGGGUCUGCUUUCGGCUGGGCGUUUGUCAACAGCAUGAUGAACUCGCUCGCCAACUUUGCCACGCUCAUUGUGAACGCUCCGGAUUUCUCCAGAAUGUCGCAUAAGCCAAACUCGUCCAUCUACUCCCAGCUGAUCACAAUCCCGGUCGCCUUCUCUGUCACCUCCCUGAUCGGCGUGCUAGUCUCCUCGGCUAGCACAGUCCUUUACGACGAGACUUACUGGGACCCUCUGGACGUGCUCUCGCGGUUCCUCGACAAUUACAGCAGCGGAGCCAGGGGAGGAGUUUUCCUGAUCGCUCUUGGAUUUGCAAUUGCCCAGCUAGGCACCAACAUCUCCGCCAACUCGCUCUCAGCCGGUACCGACAUGACUGCGCUGCUCCCGAAAUACAUCAACAUCCGGAGAGGUGGCUUUAUCUGCGCCAUCAUCGGGUACGCUAUCUGUCCAUGGAACUUGCUCUCGUCCAGCAGCAUGUUCACCACGUACUUGAGCGCCUACGCGGUGUUCCUCUCGUCCAUCGCAGGUGUCUAUUUCUGUGACUACUACCUCCUCAGAAAGGGCCACAUCGUGUUGGAAGACCUGUACACCGCCAACAACUCGAGCGUGUAUUUCUACACAGCAGGCUUCAACUGGAGAGCCAUUGUCGCAUACCUUUGUGGAAUUGCUCCCAACAUUGUUGGUUUCGUUGGAGCUACACAGACACACACCGUGCCGGACGGUGCUACCAAGGUGUAUUACUUUAGUUUCUUUACUGGCUACGCCAGCUCUUGCUGCGUUCUGUUUUUGCUCACUGCACUGUUCCCUGUGAAAGGGGUGCCUAGAGAAACCCUGUUCCAGAAAGCGUGGCUCGAAGAGUGGAAGGACGUGGAGUCUUUUGACGACUUCUUCCACCAGCGGCUUGUCACCGAAGAAGCGGCCUAA